AUGGGGGCGAGCGAGGCUUGGGGCGUUAUAGCCACGCCCCGAGGCUGGUGGGUGCCGCCCGCUCCACACCGCCACGGCUCCAUCUUGAAACCCCUCCCGCUGGGGGCGCUGCGGCUCCUCCCUAAGAUGGCUGCCGGGGCGCCGCUCCCCGGCGUCAGCAGCGGGCGCCGCGGCGCGCAGGGCGGUGCCAUGGUGCCGGCGGCGAGGCCGCACGGGUGCGAGCGGUGCGGGAAGGCGUUCGCGCAGGCCGGCGCCCUCGCCAAGCACCGCCGCGUGCACACCGGGGAGAAGCCGUACCGCUGCCCCGUCUGCGGCAAGGCCUUCGCGCUCUCCUCGGGGCUGGUGCUCCACAAGCGCACCCACACCGGGGAGCGGCCCCACGCCUGCCCGCUGUGCGGCAAAGCCUUCAUCUCCUCCUCGCACCUCGCCCUCCAUCUGCGCUCCCACACGGGCGAGAGGAAGUACAGGUGCCCUGCCUGCGGGAAGCUCUUCCUCCAGUCCUCCCACCUGGCACGCCACAAGGCCAUCCACACUGGCGAGCGGCCCUUCAAGUGCGAGGACUGCGGCAAGCACUUCGGGCGUGCCUCGCACCUCCAGACCCACCGCCGCGUGCACACGGGCGAGAGGCCCUUCAAGUGCCUGCAGUGUGAGAAGGCCUUCACGCAGAAGGCGGGACUGGUGCUCCACGUCCGCCUGCACACAGGGGAGAGGCCCUACAAGUGCAACAAAUGCGGGAAGAACUUCCGCUCCUCCGCUCACCUUGUCUCACACCAGCUUCUUGAGUCUGGUGAGAGGAACUUCAAGUGCUCCACCUGUGGGAAGGCCUUCAAGCAGGCCUCGUCCCUCAAGCAGCACCUGAAGACCCAUGAGGUGCGUGAGCCUCACCGCUGCUCGGUCUGCAGUCGAGCCUUUUCCAGGUCCUCGUACCUCCAGCUUCACAUGAGAACACACAGCAGUGAGCGGCCGUACCACUGCUUGGUGUGCAACCGGACAUAUGCCAAAAUCUCCACUUUUGAAAAGCACUGUAAAAAGCACCAGCAGGAAGAGGAGAGGUCCAACAUCAGACCUGGUUCAGUAACCACCAGGGCAAAAGCACUGGCUGAAAAAAAGACUCAAGAACUGCAGCACCAAGAUGACGACUGUGAGCAACCUCACCAGGCUGACAUAAGACGGCAGCAGGAGGAAAGGCUGUAACAGUUACUAAAAUGAGCUGCUCCUUGUCCUCCGCAAUGUGACUGGGGAGAGGUACUGUCUGGUUUAAUUUUUAUUGAAUGAAAAUGACAUGCUGCAGCAGUGCUCUCCCAGAGAGCAUUUCCAAAUGGACUUCUUCCUCUGACUUAGAGAUUCAGCGCAAACACUUUUUUGGGGCAUAGCAGAUAGGUAGAAAUUUGCAGAGGCUGCCUGCAGCCAGUGUCAUAUGCAGAACUCUGUGUUAUGGAAGGGCUCACCCUGUUCACGUGCCCUGGUGAAUGUUUUUACACAAGUAGCACUAUCUAACACUGACUUCCAAAGGUUUCUGAGCAACUGAAGCACCUGCUUUUACAGAGAGUGAUAAAUGGAUACUUCUGUGUAUGUGAGAAAUAAAUUAAGUUGUAGUUUCUUAAAUGAAGAUAGAUUUCAUUUGAAGAGGAAAGGGAGGUGGCACACCCACAGAAAACAGAUGGGUACUAACAGAGGGUUUAGGAAACACGCAAGAAUUUUUCCUGUAAAGCGUGAUUUGUUUUUAAAAGCAUUGUACAUAGCCAGAAGAUAGCAACUUUGAGCCUUUUUCAUUUUUCUGUUAAUUACAAGGCUUGUACAUAGUAUCCAGAUACUGCUGCACUGCAUGUUUUAUUGUGACAUUACCAAAGCAGCUUAACUCAUCAAAUCUAAUGAGGACAGGUUUAAAAAAAUCCAUAUUUUUUAUUUUAGACUAAAUUAGUGGGCAUGGAAAACACCAUAACAAACAAAUGGUAAGCCCUGUUUUCUCCUGAAUUAAGAAAUUGUAGUUGGUUAAGCAAGCUGGUUACCAUACUGAGGGAAUGAUGGAAGUUGUGGUGAAAGGGUUGCUGUAAAACCAGAAUUUUCAAAUGUACCAUUGUGUUAGGUGGGAUUCCAGUGACUACUGAAUAAUUCUGUAAACAUUAAGAAAAGCACCGUUAAUGCAGCAAUGUUCUGAGCUAGCACUUUGUACUGACUUUUUAUAAGCUUUAUGUCAUUCUAGAAACAGUACUGUGAGGCUAUUUUAAGCCUUUAUUUGUUGCUUACUAUUACCCAGGAAUGUAUUAUAGCAGAAAAAAAGGAAACACUGAGUUAAUUUUAAAUUCGUGUUCCUAAUUUUCUGUAGAGUUAAUGAUUUUUUUAAAGCGAACUAUUUUUUCCCUGCUAUCCUGUGAAUGCAUGUAUUUUGCACUUCAGGGAUCUUAAAACAUCUGGUUCUGGUUUCUGCAGCGUAUUCAUAACUGUUUUAGCAAUUUUAUGAAAGAAAAAGGGAAUUUAUGAAAGCUUGCACAUUUAAAGCAUUUAAAGUAUUGUAGUGUAUCCGGUCAGAAAUCACGUUAGUGGAUAAUAGAGCUGAAUUACAUCUAACUAGUUUACAGUUAAUGAAACUGCAACUUUUUUCUUUUUUCUUUUUUCUUUUUUUUUUUUAACUUCUUGCACUUUGGGAUUUAUUUGAUGCUGGCUAUACUAAGAUAUAACUCUUAUUGUUGAAUUAAUAUUUAUAUUUAGCUGGUUAACAUACUUUAGUAUUUACGUGGCCAGAUACUUUAAAUGAGAUGUUUCUAAGCCAGAGUUUCUUGUCAUGACAAAUUAUAAUGCAAUUUUUUGCUACAGUCUUUAGAUGUUGUUGUGUGACCAACAUUGCUGUUUAGAAGGAACACACUGUGUUUUAUUUACAGUUCUGUUAUGCCAAUGCUGUAAAAGCAGAGUUCUAUCAUUUUGUAUUUCAAUGCAUGUUAUUAUUAAAAUAAUAUACACUGUC